AUGAGUGGUUUUAACAUUGUUUGGGUCGGCUGUGCUAUUACAGGUCUUGUUGCUCUUUCUUAUGUUGUUGUUCCCAAGGGACAACAUCAAACGUGGGCAAUUACUUAUUUGUCUCAGCUUCAUCCUCUAAUAGCUCCUAAAAGAGCACCUGGUGAACAUUAA